AUGCCUGAGGGUUUCUCUCCAAGCCAGGAAACAAGGAAGAAAAGAAAAUCGUCCUCUCUUCCGUCCACGGAGAAAAGAAGAAGAAAUCCUUCACGGAAGACUGAUAACCCUCUCAAGCUCCGAUCAUUUCGUCAACAUUUUCAAUCAGAAGGCAUUCAAGCUUCUGGAACACAUUUUGAGAAGCUAAAGACAGAUGUAGAUUUGCAUUUGUCCAAAUACAUGGAUGGACUUAAAUUCAAUGCAAAAGAAGGCGGUGGAGGAAUGCACACCACCAAAAGAUGCAAGCUGUCUCAGGCUCUUGCACCCUUGGCUGCCAGCGAAGAAGUUGGAGCUCUUCGAAGAGCUAAAGCUUUCAAAACAAAAAACCCUUUCUUCAUUGUCACCAUGCAACCAACUUAUGUUACCAGAAGAUAUAAAUUGAAUAUACCAUUGAGAUUUGUCAAGAGGCACUUCGAAAAGAAUAACAACACUGCAACCCUUUUGGUUCCUGCGGGAAGAACUUGGCCUGUUAAAUGCAGUGUGGCAAAAACGGAUGUGAAAUUCUCGCGUGGGUGGAGAAAUUUCGUUGUAGAUAAUCGUUUAGAGGUGGGUGAUGUUUGUGCUUUCGAGAUGAUCAAAUGCACUGGAACGUUACUGAAAGUCGUCAUCUUCCGAAAGAAUGAGGGUGAGGGUGCCUGCUGCAGUGGGAGUAGCAUAUGA